AUAAGUUAUAUGCAUUGUCUACAUCACAGGGCUUGAUCCUUGUUCCAUGAGCGUAUGCGUAAGAAUGCCUGGUAUGAGCUGACGCCUAGGUGAUACUGUUAAACAAAGAGUUUUCAACUGGUACAGCAAGUUUUUGUGUUAUGUUCCUGGAGUGAAGUGACCAAGCUGAUUUAAAACACAGAUAUCUGUAUACCUUCAUUACUGGCAGCUUCAAGUACAGACCAACUACUACUUCACUUCUCAUUUUUGGCUCCCAAUAAAAUUACAGACAACUGUAAACUAAAUGAAAUCAAGUAGCAUACGCUCAGAUGUGGGUCUGUUGCCCACUUGGGUUCUAUUUUGGGGUUAUGGAUAUGAUACAGCUUGGAUAGUCCUAAUUUAUGUAUUUAGGUCAUAACAUCCCCUUUACCCAGCCCUCCAGCACACUGUCAUAUGACACCCAUCCCGUGAUGCACCGUGCCAAUGCUUUCCAACACAGAGCGUUUGGCUGAACUAGUUCAACCUCUGUGGAAUGUGUUUGUGCAAAUCUGCUGUACUUUGCCCUGCCUCUUGCUUGGAAUGAUUAUGGUCUGACUCAAAGGGUUCCAGGAAAGGAUAUAGGCCCAGCUGAGUACUGCGGAGGCAGAUUAUCACAUGAAAUGAAAACGUCCACGGCUCGGGACAACAAACUUGGCGUUGCUUUUUCUUAGAGCAGGCUGACUGGAACUGUUUAGGUGGGACGUGUAGUUCCACGUCAACAGGUUUCAAAGCAAACACGUCAUACCAGUUUUAUCAGAACACCACUUCAGUGUUGGGUCCCUUGUUCCUUUUUUUGCUGACAUCAAGUGACGGAAGCAGAAUGGAUCCUGUGAAACAUACAGGCGGCUGCCACUGUGGAGCUGUUAGAUUUGAAGUCUGGAGUUCCCCAGACCUCCAUGUUUUCCAUUGCAACUGUAGCGUUUGCACAAAGAAACAAAACCAUCAUUUCAUUGUUCCAAAAAAUGCCUUCACGCUCCUGCAGGGGUCAGAUAAUUUGACCACGUACACGUUUAACACUCACGUUGCGAAACACACCUUCUGUAAAACCUGUGGAGUCCAAAGUUUCUACACCCCUCGCUCCAACCCUGAUGGAUAUGGUGUUGCUCCACACUGUCUGGAUCCAGGCACCGUCCGCAGCGUCACUGUGGAGACGUUUUGUGGAGAGAAGUGGGAGGAGAGCAUGCAGGCUCACAAGAGCAUCAGAGACAUGUCUGAACCUGCAGCAGACUCACAGCUGAGAGACUAAAGAACAACACUGUGAUAGAAGAAUCAAACCUUUUUUUUUUUAAUCAGAAGUAUACCACAAAUACUCGACAGUAUC